AUGGCGCAGCCCAGCGCACCCCCCCCGUAUGACGACAAGAACCCCCUCUACCCCCCCAGUGCCUACCCCCAGCCGUCCCACUAUGCUGGAGGGUACCCACAGCCAGGGGGGUACCCAGCACCUGCGGGGUAUGCGGCGCCGGGGGGGUAUGGGACACCAGGGGGAUACCCGCAGCCAGGGAUGGCCAUGCCCACCAUGCCCAUGCGUUUUGGUGAUACCUAUGGAGGUGAGGGUAUGGGAGGCAGCUCCCCCAUCCAGUCGGCUGACUGGGAUGACAGGAAAGUACGGCACACCUUUAUCCGCAAGGUCUAUGCCAUCAUCUCGGUGCAGCUGCUGGUGACGGUGGGGAUCAUCGCAAUGUUCACCUUUGUCUCACCUGUCCGCUCUUUUGUCCAGAGGAACACUGCCAUCUACUACUCCUCAUACGCCGUCUUUCUGGUGACCUAUCUGGUGCUGGUCUGCUGCCAGGGUCCCCGGAGACGCUUCCCGUGGAACAUCAUUCUGCUGAGCAUCUUUACCUUGGCCAUGGGCUUCAUGACGGGGACCAUUGCCAGCAUGUACCGGACUAAUGCCGUCCUCAUUGCCAUGCUCAUCACUGCCAUUGUGGCCAUCAUUGUCACCAUCUUCUGCUUCCAGACCAAGGUUGACUUUACGUCAUGUCCAGGGCUCUUCUGUGUGCUGGGCAUUGUGGUCAUGGUGACAGGGCUCGUCACAGUCAUCGUUCUCUCCUUCAAAUACGUGCCCUGGCUCCACAUGCUGUAUGCAGCCAUCGGCGCUAUUGCUUUCACCCUGUUCCUGGCCUAUGACACACAGCUGGUGCUAGGCAACAGGAAGAACACGCUGAGCCCCGAGGAGUACAUCUAUGGAGCCCUCACCAUCUACACUGACAUCGUCUACAUCUUCACUUUCCUCCUGCAGAUUGUGGGCCGAGACUGAGCCCCUGUGUGGGACCCCUUACCCCCUCUUCAAAAUGCUUCUUUCUCUCUCCUCCCAUUGGCCAAGCUACUCCUCUUCCAGCCCCCCAGUCACCAGCCAGGCUCCUGAUAUCCCCAAUUGGGAUAUUGCUGGCUACCAGGGCUGCAGCCCCUCUGCCACCCCGUUGUCCCCAUGAGGCCACCCACUUCCCCAGAGCUCCAAGGGGCCAGGAUCAAGGGUGACGCUGGGGUUGUCCCCAUGGCUGGGACGGGCAAAGGUGCUCCCAGCAUGGGGGGUGCUCUGCUCGCUUGUAAAUAGGCUUUGAAGCUGGUGCCUGUGUACAGUUCUGCCUGGUGUCCUCAGUGCUUCAGCACCCCCUGAUUGUGGCCUGUUGAAGGGGAAGGGUUCCCUGUGUCCCACACUUGGGCCCUGGGGCUCUCUGGCCCAGGGGGAUUGCCAGCAACCAAUGGGACAGUGCUGGGCUGUGCCUGGAGCCCGGGCUCCAUUCAGUGCCUUAGAUGCAGCCUUGGCCUUGCCCUGGGCACAGCUGGGCCUGGUAGGUCUCACUGCAGGCCUGGCCUCGGGCCACACUCAAUUGUUACACAUGCUCAAUAAAACACUUUAAUUUUC